UUAUCACGCAACAGCUGUUGUAUAUAGAUAAACAUUUUUUCAUGUGUCUCUUGCUUGGAAGAAAAAUAAUGAUAUGUUGAUUCUAAAUAUGUUGGUGUAUACGUUGAUAGAACAGUCGACCGUCGUUAUUUAUUUGUCAUUAAUGUCAUUUCCCGGUUCUGUGAUCAUAACGUAUGUUGUUAGGGAUACAUGUGAAAAAAGUUCAAUCAGGGGACGUAACUCUCGAUGCCUUCGAUCAUAUGACAACAACAUUUGCACGAGAGUGACGAAUCACUUUUAUCCUUUUGCGAUAAGUCCGACGACAGCCAGUCCAGUAUAUCUGACCUACACGAUGUCACGCACUUCGGCAGCAGAAGAGGAACCACUGAUUGACGAUGACAAUGUACUGUCGACAUGGGACCGCGACCGUCACAGGCGGAAACUGAGAGCAAGGUUUUGCUUUGCCCUCGUCAUUGGCAUCUUUGUCCUCGCUGUCCUCAUCGUGGGUCUGUACUUCAUCACGACGCUUCCCUCCCGCGACACUCGGGGUAGCGGCUCCAAGCUCGGCAAGUACCCCCACGCAGCCGUCGCCUCCGAUGUGGGGAUCUGUUCCGAUAUAGGCAGAGACAUUAUUAAAGACAAUGGGAAUGCAAUAGAUGCUGCGAUAGCGACGUUGCUGUGCAUGUCUGUGGCUGACCCACAGAGCAUGGGCAUUGGAGGUGGUUUCUUCAUGACUGUGUACAACAGAUCCACGCAGACAUCGACCAUCAUCGAUGCCAGGGAGACAGCCCCGGCAGCAGCCACUCAGGACAUGUUUGUGAAGAAAGCCAGUCUGUCAGAGAAAGGUGGUCUGUCCGUGGGGAUCCCAGGGGAGAUCAGCGGGUACUGGCUGGCCCACCAGGAGUUUGGUAGCCUUCCGUGGGAGACGCUGUUCCAGCCAGUCAUUAAGAUGACCAGAGAUGGGUUCCCCGUCCCAACCUCACUGGCCAAAGCACUGCAAGAUGACAGGAAUAGCAUUCUGAAGAACAAAAAUCUCCGAGAUGUGUAUGUCAACCCGGAGACAGGGGAGCUGUACACGGAGGGCGAGAUACUAAAGGACCCAAAGAUGUUAAAGACAUUCCAGUCCAUUGCUGUAGGGAAGGACACGACCUUCUACAAUGGCAGUCUAGCUGACGACAUCCUCGCAGAUCUCAAGGAGGCAGGCUCCAUCAUCACAAAGGAUGACCUGGCAGGGUACACUGCCCUUAAGAAGCUCCCCCUGGUGGCCAAACUGAGUGAUGGGAACACGCUGUACUCCCCGCCACCUCCCGCCAGCGGUGCCGUCCUCACCUUCAUCAUGAACAUCCUUGACGGCUACAAAUUCAGCCCUGGGAGUAUCAGCAAGCUCAGUGACUCCGUGCUGACCCAUCACAGGAUUGUAGAAGCAUUCAAGUUUGCCUAUGCAAAACGAACAGAUCUUGGGGAUGAAGACUUUCUCAACGUCUCUAGCCUGGUGGCUAACCUGACGUCCCGAGACUACGCUGACGGAAUCCGAUCUCUGAUCUGGGACAACCAAACCCAUGACUUGAUGUACUAUGGCCCCACGUUCUACGACCAGCUGAAGACCAGCACGUCCCACCUCUCCAUCGUAGACAACGAGGGCAAUGCUGUUGCUGUGACAACCACUGUUAAUCUCAGGUUUGGGUCAGGUAUCCGUGGAACUCGCACCGGCAUCAUCUUCAACGAUGAGAUGGACGACUUCUCCUCCCCCAACAUCACCAACGCAUUCGGCAUCCCCCCAUCACCCGCCAACUUCAUCAAACCUGGGAAACGCCCACUGUCCUCCAUGUGCCCAGCGAUAUUUGUGGACAAGAAUGGUGACGUUAAACUAGUUGUGGGUGCUGCAGGCGGGUCUCGCAUCACCACAGCAACAGCAUAUGUUGCUGCUCGGGUCCUAUGGCUAGGGGACGACAUCAAGCAGGCCAUCGACGCCCGUCGCCUCCAUCACCAGCUGCUGCCACCAUUCAUCUCUUUUGAACCAGAGUUUGACUCAGGAGUUAUUGCUGGACUGGAAGCUCUAGGUCAUAAUGUCUCGUACACCAAGUUGGGAGAAUCCAUCGUCCAGGGCGUCACCCGAUCCAAACACUGGCUGUACGCCAACUGCGACUUCCGCAAAGGAGGCUAUCCGGCAGGCCUGUGAUCUGUUCCCAUCACAAUCAGGAGAAAGAGAUGUUUGAAAUAUCAAAUUAUUUUUUUAAUUAUUUUUAUGGAAGAAAGAUUUUCAUUUUUAUUAUUUUUAUCAAGUUUGUGAGGGUAAAAAAUCUUCUUCAAACCAGUAUGCCGGAUGAAAGCUGUCCAAAUGAUGUGUGAGCAACACAUUCAUUGUCAGAUACAGCUGGAGGAAGAUACCAUUCGUGACCAACUCCUGUUAUUCCGGGACAAGCCGAAUAGCGACUCGUGCCUCUCUCAUGGCCAUUUUUGCGACCGGGUUCCGUCUGAGCACAAACAGGCAUACCUAAAAGAAUGGUCAACUCGUUGCGUAAUGGUUCACAUACAUUUCCCCAUAUAUUAUAUAUAUUUCAGAUGCAAUUUAAAGCACAUUGGGACAUGCGGAAUUACACAGUAUGAUUGAACACAUUUAACUGUGCCUUGGGUAUAUUUUUAGAUGCAAGACAUGUAAAAUCAAAAAUUAUUUCUGAGGGAUUCUUUGACGAAGAACUUGAAAUCAUACUCGCAUUCUGAUUGGUUUGUCGUACACAUAACAUUGAACCAUGCUUGGAGUUGAACUCACAACUGACUGACCAUUAUGUUUACAAACAAGAGAUGACUGCAGGGACUCCGAAUACUCUUAUUCCAAUUAUUUACUUUGUCAAUUUGAAUUUUUGUUUCUUUACAACUAUCAGGUAAUUGGUGUAGUAAAAAUGUAAGGGAGAAGUUGGUGGAUUCGUCUGUGAUCUUGAACCAAUCUGAUCAAACAGACAAAAAAGGUAAAUUCAUCUGGGAAAUUUGAUCAGUCGUAAACCUUUUCAAAAUUAACUGUGAUGACAUUCCCAAAGACAUAAAAAAAGUAUAAACAUGACUACAUUUGGGGUUAGAGGGCAAAUUUAAAGAUUCUUGUAAUGGCCGCGACCACACAAGUGGCAACGAUGUUACCGAGUGUGUAACGAAGGUGUCACUCCCUUGGCGGAGAAAAUAUGCUUACUCAUAUAAAGAAAACUGCUACAAUGGUAGAUCCACCUGGUGGCAGAUACUUGUGUGGUGAAGGGGAGACAACUACUCAAACCAACAUUCCACUACCUGAAACAUUGUCCAGCAUUUAAUGUAUACAGAGUAUCUAUUUAUGCACAAUACAUUGUAUAUAUAUAUGUAUAGAUAUAUAUAUUUUUUAAUUUGGU